AUGCGCGUGCAUACUUUUUCUAAAGUAGUGGGGUACAAAUUGGUAUCACAGACCAGCAGUUGCAGUGUGAACAGUUUUGUCUUAUCUACAGUGGCUGCCGAAUUUAAAAACAGCAGAGCAACUUUAGCAUUUGUCAAAAAUCCUCUUAAUGCUACGAUAACCGAGUUGAAAUUUUCUCCUUUUGAAAUUGACAUUGGUAGCUUUGAAAUACAAUUGCUGGAUUUAAAAAACAAGGAGAUAUGGCGCUCUAAAUUCGAACGUCUUUGUGUUGAAUUGGAAAUAUUGGAGAAGAAAAAACGGGAUCUUGGUUCACAACACAAGUGGUCUGCAUUGAAUGACCUGGAGAAGGAAAACAUGAUCAUUUUCAAGACUUGGAAUAGUAUCCCUGACUCUUAUGAUCAGCUGAAAAAGCUCACGUUUGCUGUUCUUUCCCUUUUCGGUUCUACAUAUAUGUGCGAACAAUCUUUGUCAAGCAUGAGCAUUAUAAAGAGUAAACUGAGAAGUCGUCUUAUUGAUUAG